AUGUGGUUGACAUCGGUUGCUUUGGGAAUGGAAGCAUUAGCUAUGCCAAUUGGUGGAGUAUUGUACCGUAAAUUAGGAAUCAGAGCAGUGGUAAUAAUUAGUAGUUUAAUUCAUAGCGGGGGAAUCACGUUGAGUUAUUACACACUGAAAUUGGGAUUCAUUCCAUUACUGAUUACUUAUGGUAUAAUGCAAGGUUUCGGGUUUGGAUUCGGUUAUUCAGCUACUGUAGCUGCAUCAAUUGCAUGGUUUCAAAAUCAUCGAGGUUUAAUUGUUGGCCUAAUUGUUGGUGGUUUCGGGGCUGGUCCCAUUAUAUUUACAUCGAUUCAAACAGCAUACAUUAAUCCAAAUAAUAUCAAUAUAGAUGACAAAACAAAGCGAUUUGUAGAUGGUGAUUUGAUUAAUCGUGUCCCUUCUGUGUUUCUACUUAUUGGUGGUGUUUUGUUAGUUAUACAGUUAACUGGGUUAUAUUUGAUGAGAGAUAAACAAAAGGAUGGAUUUCCACCUGUUAUAAAUUCGGUAAAUUUACGACCUUUGGAAUUAUUGAAACAGAAAGAAUUUUAUUUUUUAUGGAUCAUUAUAUUUUGUGCUGGAAUACCUUUGACAUCGUUGGCAACACUUUUCAAGCUUUUUGGUAAAACUCAUAUUAACGAUGACAGAUUUCUUGCUAAUAUGGGUGUCGUUGCGGCUGUAUUCAAUUCUGUUGGACGUGCUUUCUGGGGUGCUAUCAGUGAUCGUAUUUCAUUCAAGGUUCCAUUGUGUAUCAUAUUUUUAUGCUGGUCACUUUUACUAACUUCAUUCCCACAUUUACCGAUGAUAUUUGGACCUCAAAUCAAAGUUGGUUUUGGUAUUUGGUUAUGUGGUCUCUAUUUAUUAAUUAGUGGUGUGCUUGUCUAUGCACCAACUGCUACAGAAACCUUAUUUGGACCAAUUAAUAUGGCUGUAAACUACGGAUUAGUAUUCAAUGCCUUUGUAUUCGGUGGACUCUUCGUUUCGCUAUUGUCCAUCGUAAUUCCACAGUUUCAUGAAUGGGAUAAUCUAUUUUAUCUAUGUGCUGCAAUGUGUAUUUUAGCUUUGUUAAUUGUGCCAUGGAUACAUGAUAGGAAAAUGCCCAAAUAUUUCAGCUUGUUUCGAUUUUAUCGGCAAAGUCACAGUUGA